CUAUUUUAGGAGAGUGCAGAAAUGUCUCCCUUUGAAAAUAAAGGAUUAAUACUGGGCAUAAUGGCAGGGACUGCUGGAGUAAGCCUGAUGCUGAUUUGGUACCGUAAGAUCCGAAAACCCAGUGCAGCUGUGCAUAUACCUGCGUUCCUAGAUGUAGGUAACAGGCUUAAUUCGGUGGGCUUGCAAGAUGAAGUUCCUAAUGAGCAAGGAGCAGUAAUGGUUUUACAUGGAAGGCAGCUGCAGAUUCUGGAAAAAUUGAAUGACUUGCUAGUCAGUGUGGAUGAACUGAAAAAAGAGGUGACAUUUCUGAAAGAAGCUGUUCCAAAGCUUGAAGAGCUUGUUCGAAAUGAGCUUCAAGGAAAGGGAGACGUUCAGAGGGUCAGCCCAUCACACAGAGCAGCUAAGCGGAGAAAAGGUGAAGCAACUUCUGCUGCAACAGAAACUACCAGCUCUGAGGAGGCGGAAAGUGAAGGAGGUUACCUUACAGCUCAUACUGAUUCUGAAGGAGACUCUGAGGAAGAAAAGGAAUGUAUGAAAUCAUCUGAUGCUGCUGUGAAAUCAGAAGAAGAAGAAGAAGAAUUACUUAAUUUUUUACAGCGGGUAGACAACUUGCACAAGGGUUCAGAGGAUGAUAAAAAGGAGGGAUUCAGAUUGCUGAUUGAGAAAGAUGACAAGUAUGAAAACUGUGUGGACUUCCUUUGGAGGCUUGCACGUGCUUAUGGGGAUCUGUUUGAGAUGACUACUGAUUCUGAGGAGAAGAGGAAGUAUGUUAGUGAUGGAAAGAUUAAGGCUGAAAAGGCUGUUCAGCUGGAUGCCAAGAGUGCUGAGAGUCACCAGUGGUUUGCAAUUAUGUGUGGCUAUAUGUCUCAGUUUGAAAGUGUACAAAACAAAAUCAGGAAUGGUUAUCUCUUUAAGGAGCACCUAGACAAAGCAAUUGAACUUAAGCCUGAAGAUCCUUUUUUAUAUUACCUAAACGGAAGAUGGUGCUAUUCAGUAGCUCAAUUGUCUUGGAUUGAAAAGAAAGUAGCUGCUGCUCUCUUUGGGACUCCACCAACUUCAACAGUAGAAGAAGCAUUGCAGAAUUUCCUUAAGGCAGAAGAAAUGCAUCCAGGGUAUUCCAAAUGCAAUUAUGUUUAUUUGGCAAAGUGCUAUAAAGAUCUUGGCCAGAAAAACAAUGCACUGAAGUACUGUGAUUCUGCACUGUCAAUUCUCUCAGUUACUAAUGAGGUGGGUGUUGAGAACUAUGCAGUUAAUGAGCGGGGAAUCCUGCCUCUAAAGUUCAGUGUAACCAGUCUAAACACCAACUGGACUUCAGUGUAUGCUGGACCACCUGGAGUGGCAUAA